GAUUCCUUGCACUUCUUUAUCGGAUUUAGCUUCUUUAUAUAAACAUUGGAGUUUAGUUGGUGUUGAGUAGAGAAAGACAACAAUGGAGGAAACCGGUGGAGUUAUUCCGACAAUAGACUUGGAAGAGGUUUCUGAUAAGAUCCUUAAUCAGAAAAUCCGUGAAGCCAGCGAGAGAUGGGGAUGCUUUAUGGUGCUUAACCAUGGAGUUCCAUUGUCUUUGAUGUCUGACAUGAAGAAGACUGUUAUAGAUCUCUUCGAACGUCCACAGGAGGUGAAAGUGCGUAACACUGAUGUGUUACAAGGGAUUGGUUACAGAGCUCCAAAUGGUAACAAUCCUUACUAUGAAACAUUUGGUCUCUAUGACAUGACUUCUCCUCAAGCUGUCAAUACUUUUUGUGACCAGCUUGACGCUUCUGCGGAUCAAAGGUUUCUCUUUAUUUCUUGUUGCUCUUAA